AUGGAUUUCGAGGAAUUCCGCGCAAGGGGCAAAGAAAUGGUGGAUUUUAUUACAGAUUACCUGAAAUCUGUCGAAGAGCGUCCAGUCUACCCAGCGGUGCAGCCCGGUUACCUUCGGCCGCUCAUCCCAGACAGCGCUCCCCAGGACCCCGACAGUUACGAGGAAAUAAUGAAGGAUGUCGACAGAGUCAUCAUGCCGGGGAUCACCCACUGGCAAAGUCCUCAUUUUCAUGCCUAUUUUCCUGGACUCACGUCCUUUCCUAGUCUCCUGGGCGAUAUGCUGUCUGGAGCCAUUGGCUGUGUCGGCUUUUCCUGGGUUGCAAGCCCUGCGUGUACGGAAUUGGAGAUGGUGAUGCUUGACUGGCUGGGGAAGAUGCUGAACCUGCCUGACGAGUUUCUAUUUGGGACUGGGAAUGGAGGCGGUGGAGUGAUACAGAGCACAGCCUGUGAAAGUACACUGGUGGCACUUCUUGUGGCUAAAAGGAAGAUGGUUACACUAUUUCAGUCAAAUAAUUAUGAUAUGGCGGAAAACAUGAUCGUAUCUAACCUGGUGGCCUACACAUCAGAUCAGUCUCACUCUUCUGUUGAACGAGCAGCAUUGAUUGGUGGGGUCAAAAUGAGAAAACUUCCAACUGAUGAGAAAUUCAGCCUUCGUGGGGAGACACUGAGACAAGCUCUCGAAGAAGAUAAAGCUUUAGGUCUCAUCCCUUUCUUUCUUUGUGCAACACUUGGUACCACUCCCUCCUGUUCAUUUGACAACAUUAUGGAGCUAGGACCAAUCUGUAAUUCUGAAAAUAUCUGGCUGCACAUCGAUGCAGCUUAUGCAGGAAGUGCUUUCAUCUGUCCAGAAUUCAGACCUCUUUUAAAUGGAGUGGAGUUUUCCAAUUCUUUCAACUUUAAUCCUCACAAGUGGCUUUUGGUGAAUUUUGAUUGCUCAGCUAUGUGGGUGAGGAAAAGAUCAGAAAUUAUUGAAGCUUUUACAAUGGAUCCUCUUUACCUGAAACAUGAUCAUCAGGACUCUGGACUCAUCACUGAUUAUAGGCACUGGCAGAUUCCUCUAGGACGCAGAUUCCGUUCUCUGAAAUUGUGGUUUGUGUUCAGAUUGUAUGGAGUAAAAGGACUUCAAGAACAUAUUCGCAAGCACGUGAACCUCGCGCAUGAGUUUGAGAGGUUGGUACGUCAAGAUGAACGAUUUGAGAUUGUUGGAGAUGUGGUACUGGGACUGGUGUGCUUCAGAAUAAAGGGCACAAAUGAUUUAAAUGAAAAACUCUUAAAAGAGAUAAAUGAUUCAAGGAAGAUUUAUAUUGUGCCAUGUCAACUUCGAGACAAGUUUGUCCUCCGUUUUGUCAUAUGUGGACGUACAGUUGAAAGUAAACAUGUCCAGUAUGCGUGGCAAAUCAUAAGUCAGACUGCUGCAAAUCUUCAAAUUGGCCCUCAAUAA